AAGCCGCGUCACCCGUCACUGCGGCACAGUCGACAACAGGUAGCUCACACCACCGACACCAGCAGCAUGAACCGCUACGUAGCUCUGCUCCUCUGCGCCUCCGUGGUGCUCGUCGCGGCCGCCGAGGAGAAGUACCCGGCCACGUUCGACAGCCUGGACCUGAAGGAGCUGCUGUCGGAUGAAACUCGAGUCCAGGAUGCGAUGCGCUGCCUGCUGGAAGAAGGAGACGCAGCGUGCAGACCCGCCGGGAAGGCGCUCAAGGAGGUGCUGCCCGAAAUAGUGCGUACAGACUGCGCCAAGUGCACUGAGACACAGCACAAGAAGAUCGGAGGUUUCUUCGGAGAGAUUUCGCACCGCCACCCAGACCUCAUGAAGAAGUUGCUGGACAAGUACGACCCAUCUGGAGAAUACAGGAAGAAGUACGCCAAGUCCUGGGCCGAGCACGAGGUGCUGCCCGAAAUAGUGCGUACAGACUGCGCCAAGUGCACUGAGACACAGCACAAGAAGAUCGGAGGUUUCUUCGGAGAGAUUUCGCGCCGCCACCCAGACCUCAUGAAGAAGCUGCUGGAAAAGUACGACCCAUCAGGAGAAUACAGGAAGAAGUACGCCAAGUCCUGGGCCGAGCACGAGGUGCUGCCCGAAAUAGUGCGUACAGACUGCGCCAAGUGCACUGAGACACAGCACAAGAAGAUCGGAGGUUUCUUCGGAGAGAUUUCGCGCCGCCACAAAGACCUCAUGAAGAAGCUGCUGGACAAGUACGACCCAUCUGGAGAAUACAGGAAGAAGUACGCCAAGUCCUGGGCCGAUGGGGCUGAGGUGUCGGGUGAUCGACCCCCGCUCCCUCCUCCGGCAACCACAGAGCGAUACGCCGCCACUCCAGGCCACGCCAGGCCGGCAUAUAAGCCGCGCCAGCCGUCACUGCGGCACAGUCGACAACAGGUAGCUCACAGCGCCGACACCACCAGCAUGAACCGUCACGUAGCUCUGCUCCUCUGCGCCUCAUUGGCGUUCGUCGCGGCCACCGAGGAGAAGUACGCGGCCACGUUUGACAGCCUAGACCUGAAGGAGGUACUGUCGGAUGAAACUCGAGUCCAGGAUGCGAUGCGCUGCCUGCUGGAAGAAGGAGAUGCAGCGUGCAGACCCGCCGCGAAGGCGCUCAAGAAGGUGCUGCCCGAAAUAGUGCGUACAGACUGCGCCAAGUGCACUGAGACACAGCUCAAGAAGAUCGGAGGUUUCUUCGGAGAGAUUUCGCACCGCCACCCAGACCUCAUGAAGAAGUUGCUGGACAAGUACGACCCAUCUGGAGAAUACAGGAAGAAGUACGCCAAGUCCUGGGCUGAGCACGAGGUGCUGUCCGAAAUAGUGCGUACAGACUGCGCCAAGUGCACUGAGACACAGCACAAGAAGAUCGGAGGUUUCUUCGGAGAGAUUUCGCGCCGCCACCAAGACCUCAUGAAGAAGCUGCUGGACAAGUACGACCCAUCUGGAGAAUACAGGAAGAAGUACGCCAAGUCCUGGGCCGAGCACGGCAUCCGCCUAUAA